CCUCUAUACGAUUAAUCCUUAAAGAGGUUAAUAUGUUAUUUAUAUCAUUCUUCUAUAGAUGACAUAAAAUAGAAUUUCGAUUAUUGAAACAUUAGAACAUUAGACAUUUAAAGAGCAUUUUUGCAAUAUUAAAAUAUAAAAAGAUAUAAAAAUAAUGGUGAAGCAAUAGCUUUAAAUGUUGUUUCUCUUCAUAAGAGCAACUCAAUUGCUAUAGUUUUACAAAGCUAAACUGUAUUUUGAUACAAAUAAAAUAAUACAUUAUAAAACAACAUUUCUACAGCUAGUUACCAAGAAAAAUGGAUAAAUUAAAAUUCGAGUUCAUGGUUAAAGCCAAUGAAGAUGUAAAAACAAAUACUAUUUGUGUAACGACAAUCACGGAUUUCGAUGGCCGCACCUUUACGAUCCCAGAUAAGUUACAACCUGUAAAAUUACAUGGUAAAAUAGUACAGACCGAAAUCUUUCAGAAAGUAAAAGCUACAUUACAAAAGCGGCAUGAGAAACGACAGGUGUGGAUAUCCAUGAACCCACAGAUGAAGGCUGUUUAUUGUGAUGAAGAUGGAAAUAAGCAAUUUAUGGGAUACCUAUUGGAGGAACAAACAAAACCACAAACUUCAACAACCGGAAUUUCGGAAGAAUCUCUAGCAAGAAUUAUAGAAAUUUUUUCUGAAAUAAAAAAAGAUUCGUCAAAAUCAUUUAAUAUAGGGAGAAUGGCAGAAAAAAUUGUCAUAGAAAAAUUCAACAGCAAGAUUACUAAUGUGUCCCAGUGGAUGACUACCUUUGAAGCAGAAUGUGCCCGUAUAGGAAUAGAAGAAGAUGAAAAAAAAAUUGAAAUCUUUAGGUUAUUUAUAGAGGGUUCUUGUUUAGACUGGUAUAGUUCCAUGCUUAUAAAGCAUACAAUGAAUUCGGAAUGGGUAACGUGGAAAAAUAAUUUUUGUGGAACAUAUGCCGAUAAGAGUUGGUCUCCAAUAAGGUAUGCGAUGUUAUUUAAAUACAGGCAGGGUUCAUUACUGGAGUAUGCGGUAAAGAAAGAGAGAUUACUAUUAGAGAUAAAUAAGUCCAUAGAUAAACUCACUCUAAUUGAUCUGAUUGCCACGGGAUUACCAAAUUUUAUUGCAGAUAAGAUUGAUAGGAAUAGUUUAAAGGAAACUGAAGACUUAUUUAAUAAUUUAAGAAGCUUAGAACAUAGGGUAAAGAAAAAAACGUGUGAUAAAAUGAUAAGUAUUCCCGAAGGUAAGCUUAAAGAGAAUAAUAUAAAGCCCUUAGUUAGUCCGUGUAAAAUUUGUGAAAAGCAGAAUAAAGGGAUACGUUACCACCCUGAAUCCAAAUGUUGGUUCAAAGUUAAAAAUGAUGAUAGCCCAAAAAAAGGUCAAAUAAGGAGUGUUAACAAUUCUGAAUUAGAGAUGGAAUUAAAAGAAAUUGAUCCAAAAAACUAAUAACGCCGCCAUUAAUAAAAAUUAAACUACGAAUAAAUGACACUUUGGAAAUAUCAGGAAUCUAUGAUUCAGGAUCUAAUGUGUCCAUAAUAAAUUCAAGGUUGUUAUCUUUAAAAAAAAUACCUACUUAUGAUAACACUGCAGGUUUAAAAACAAUUAAUGGCGUAAAAAAAUCUAUAGGAAUAGUUAAUUUAAAAAUAAAAAUUUUCGAAAUUGAAAAACAUGUCAAUAUUUUUGUUAUAGACGACGACAACUUCGACUAUGAUUUCCUAGUUGGAUUAGACUGUAUACAAAACUUUCAUUUAACUCAAAAUGAGAAUUUAAAUAUCACACAAAAUGUCCUCAGCAAUAAUAAUAAAGACUACAUAAAAAAUAAAGAAAAACAACCUAUAAGCACUAAAGAAAUUCCUGGCAGUUCAGGUAGUGACAUAGGAAAUAAACAAGAAAAAAUCAAUAAUGAGUAUAAAAUAAAUUUUAAUGAAAAUAUGCUAAUCAAUAAUUUUGAGAUUUCAGUAAAUAAUUUAGAUGAUAAAAAAAGAACUGUUAUUGAUAAAUUGAUAUGCAAAUAUAAUUCAGUCUUCGCGAAAGACAAAUAUGAUAUAGGUACUGUAAAAGGUUAUGAAGCCCAUAUUGAUUUGUUGGUAGAUAAAUACUGUAGCAAAAGACCGUAUAGGUGCUCUAUCGAAGAUAUGAAAGAAAUUGAACACCAAGUAUCGAACUUACUAAAACAUAAUUUAAUUGAGGAAUCAUAUAGCCCGUUUGCCGCUCCGAUAACACUAGCAUUUAAAAAAGAAGAAGGAAGGAGAUCAAGGCUUUGUAUAGAUUUUCGUGAAUUAAAUAAAAUUAUAGUUCCCCAAUCGCAACCAUUCCCACUUAUCGAAGAUUUAAUGGUAAAAACAAGGAAAUGCAAAUUUUAUUCAACAUUUGACAUAAAUUCAGCGUUCUGGUCCAUACCUCUUAAAAUUGAAGAUAGACACAAAACUGCAUUUGUGACCCAAGAGGCACAUUAUCAAUGGACAUGCUUGCCUUUUGGUUUAAAAACUUCUCCCGCUAUUUUUCAACGAAUUUUAAGUAGCAUUAUAAGAAAGCAUAAACUGUCCGAUUUUACUGUAAAUUACAUCGAUGAUAUUUUAAUUUUUUCAGAAACAUUCGAACAACACAUUGACCACAUAUCGCACGCUUAGUAUUAAAGGGACCUAAUUCCUAAGAAGUCUAAAAUGAGUUAGUUAUACUUGCAUGACUUUUACAACGCCAUCUAGAACGUGACGCUAAGAAACUAAUAUAAAAGUAGUUCUAUCUUACUUUUAUAAACUUUCGGUCUCUUUCACACUCGUGUCCUUGAUCACGUCUUUUGAAAUAACACAGACAUAUUCAGUGUUCGAUCAACUGUUACAAUUGAAACAUUUCGGCGGUUAUUUUAAAAGUGUCUUGUUAGUGUUUAGGUCAGUUUCAUAGUAUUAUUUAAGGAUGUCAUCGCGAUCAAGAAAAAUUCUUGAUUUAAUUCAGACUGAAAAUAGUAAAAGUCCUCAUCAAAAUCUUGACAACCAGGCAGAUACUUCAUCUAAUGAGCUGAUAAAACCUAACUAUACUAUUAAAAGUCAGAGUAUUGAAGUUCAGAUAUUAUGUGAUAUUAAAAAUAAACCUGAAAAUCAACAAUAUAUGGAUGUAUCAGAAUAUUUUGAAGCUACUAAAGGCCGUAAAAAGACACCUAUAGAUUAUCGCGUUUCACCUGUUAAUCCUGAUGAAAGCGAUGCAGAUUUAAGCGAUGGUGAUCCUUCUUUUCAAAUACAAAAUGAGAAACGGGGUAAUGUUUUAUUUACAUCUAUUUAUCGUUAGAGUUCUAGUAGUAGUUCUUCUUCUACCUCAAGAUCAAGUUCUUCAUCAUCUAAUAGCUCUAGCGAUGAGUCUGCGGAAGAACAUAAUGCUCAUAACAAAGAAAAUACUAGAUCGGGCCCAUCAAUACUACUUGAUAAGUGACAUAAUGCAAGAUACUAUAAUGCAUGAUUCAGCUUCGGCAGCAAAUAAAGCAGCUGUUGCAGUUUUUACUAAAGGUAGAAAACGCACUAGACAACCGGAAAAUUGGAAACAAACGAAAUCUAAGAUUUUGAGAAAUUCUGGUAAAUCAUAUAUUGAUAGCAAAAAUACAAUAACUAAAGCUCGUCAACUCAAACCACCAUGUAAUGAUACAUGCAGAUUGCGAUGUUUUACCAAGAUUAAUACUGUUCAAAGGCAAAAUAUUUUUGAUACAUAUUGGGGAAUUGGGGAUAUUCAUAAUCAGCGAUUUUUUAUUUUGUCAUGCUUAACUAAUAUUGAACCCAAAUAUAAAUAUACCAAUGCUUUGGCCCCAAGAAAUUGUAACAAAGCUUUCCAUUUUACUGUUAACGGUAAUCCAAUCCGCGUUUGUAAAGUUUUUUUUCUUAAUACUUUGGAUAUAUCUGAUCGUGUGGUUCGUACGGUUAGAAGUAAGACUGACGAACAUGGAGUUUUGAAGACUGAUUUUAGAGGAAUGACUUGUAACCGUAAAUCAGAUGAGGUAUUAAUUUCUGACAUCAAAUAAUUUAUUAACUCGAUUCCAAGAACAGAUUCCCAUUACACACGCCAAUCAUCGACCCGUGAAUACAUAGAUGGUAGUAAAACGAUAGUCGAUCUUUUUAGAGAUUUUGAAGAGGUACAAAAACAAAAAAAUAAGUUUGCUGGAAAAUAUUGCACAUUUUAUAAAAUAUUUACCACCCAAUUUAAUAUAUCAUUCUUUCGACCGCGUAAAGACCAAUGCGACCUAUGUCUGCAAUAUCAAAAUUCAUCCGUUGAGGAGAAGCUUCUGGUACAAGAACAAUAUAAUUGCCAUUUGGAAGAAAAAACCCUCAGUCGACAAGCAAAAUAUAACGAUCGAUGUAAAAUCGACAAUAAUAAUAAAGUAAUUUUAUUUGAUCUUCAAGCAGUUCUUCAAACACCUAAAGGGGAUACUUCAGCCUUCUACUAUAAAAGUAAACUCAAUAGCUAUAAUUUUACUGUUACCUCUUUAAACAAAAAAGUAGAAGGAAAAAUUCAGGAUUCCUAUAACAGUGUGCAUUGUUAUUUUUGGUCCGAAACAGACGCAAAAAGAGGUGCCAAUGAGAUAGGGUCAUGUUUAUUAAAUUAUUUUGAAUAUCUUUGUACUGAAAGCAGAGCUACAGCUACUAAUGACGAAGGCCUUGAUCUUAUACUGUAUUCGGAUAAUUGUGGAGGGCAGAACAAGAAUAAGUUUAUCGUUACGGUAUAUCUUUACGCAGUGACACAUUUGAAUAUAAAAUCUAUUACACAUAAAUACCUAAUAAAGGGCCAUACACAAAAUGAGGCCGACAAUGUACUGCAAUGUAAUGCCUUAUAGAGAAGGAAAUCAAAAAGAAUUUGAAAUCGGGACCAAUAUAUUCUCCCCAUCAAUAUGUAUCGAUCAUUAAAAAUUCACGAAAAAAAGGUUGCAGGUUUAUAGUUAAUGAGUGUUCUUUUAAUAACUUUUAUGAUUUUAAAAAUCUGCAAGAAUAUUGGGGGUAUAAUUUUAGUAGAACCAAAGAUGGGAAAACUGUUGUAUGGAAUGACAUAAAAAUGAUUAAGGUAACAAAGAAUAACCCGUUUUCUUUUUUUAUUAAAGAAUCAUACAAACAGCAGAAUUUUUCUGAAGUAUAUGUCCGGAACAGGCGAACUAAAAUGUUGCCUUUAAACCAAUUAACACUAGUUAAGGCUUACACAGGCAAACAAGAGUUGAGCGAGAAUAAAAAAAAAGAUUUACGCGAGUUAAUUACUAAGAAUUUGAUACCUCAUUUUUAUUCUGAUUUUUAUGAUUCCAUUCUGUAAUGUUAGCUGCAAAGAAACUGAUUUUAUUUUUUAUAAUUUUAAAUUAUAUAAAUUAAAUUUAUAAGAAAAAAGGAUUAGAAAAGGUUUGUGAAACCUUUGUGUUGGAAUUAUACGAUUAACUACUUUUGAAAAUUUUUAUAAUAUAAGCUGUUCGAAUUGAUUUAAACCAAAGCAGCCCAAUCAAGUUUAAUGUGAGACUGAUUCAAUUAUGUCUUAGAAUUUAAUUACUUAUAGUUUGUUAGUUAAUUAGAUAAUUAUUGGUAACAAAUUAAAAAGUUCUGUGAAACUAUUAAUUAUGUUAAGUAAAUAAACAUAACCAGAUUCUAUUCAUUAGUUUUAUAAUGAAAGUGUAUUUUUUAAGUUCUAGUAACAUAAGUGCAACAACGUUAAUAAUUUUCGGAGUUUUAAUACAAGUUUGUCUUUAUUGUUGAUUUUAGUUUCCAUUAAAAGAGACCAAACUGAGAAAAAAUGUUAUUAUUUUUAGUAAUAGUUUGACUUAUACCUAAAAUGGCCAGGCGCUUUGUAUGUGUGUUUAAAAUUAAAAUGACUUAAAACAAACGAAGUUGUUAUACUUUUUAACGAAUAACCUUUCAUUUAAUAUUAAAAAGACCUAAAACUACAUUCACAAUUUUAACAGCCAGUAAUAUACAAAAUAAAUAAUAUUUAAUAAAAAUUUAAACUACGUUUAAAUCCUAAUUUCAUAUACUUUGUGUUUCGUACUGAAACAGAUUUUUCGUGUUUCUAUAUUUUUAUUAAUAUCGAGUAUUAGGCAAUACUACUUCAAGACAACACAAGUCUUAACCUAGGUGCAGUAAGGUUCGAUCUCGCCUGUAGACGGCCGACUAGCCAACCAGAAGCUUGCUGAGCAACCCCUCCAAGCCUACGGGCAGAGAUCGCCGUCGUAUAGUAACAAAAACACACGCGUUCCGCGGCAGACAUUCUUUAUUACAAACAACAAAAAUUACCCAACGCAAGUCACGCGUAACCAUUAGAACCAGCGACAAUUGUUCAUCGUGUACCAGUCAAGGGACAGACGGUCCCACCUCCGGAAACGACGCUGAGCCCAAGGAGCGCGAGGCAGUGGAAGGAAGGUGAACCGGUAAGUCUUCAGACUUAUUUCGUUCCUUACUGUACAUAUUUUUUGGUCCAUUCGAACCGAAUUGCUUAGCGUGACCUUGUGUUGUCUUGAGUUAGUAUUCAUUUUUAAUUUGUAAUAAAAUAAAAUUCACGAUAACCGCCAUUAACUCGCGCUGCUCCGUAGCCAUCAUGGCGGAUAUCGAACAAGAUUUGUUUGAACGCGAAAUAAUUCUUGACGAUAUCAAACGUACACUACAAGUUGCUCAAAUUAAUGAACAGCAAUUUAGAUCUCGUGUUAUAGACCUAACUUCUCAACACAGAAAGUUCUCAAAAUUACAAUCGAAAAUUGAAAAGGUUCUAAUAAAAUCAAAAUGUUUCGAUAAAGAUGAACAGCUUAAAAUUCGUGGUGAUUUUAAUGAUUGUUACUACGCCAUAAUUGCUCAUAUGAAUAAUUUGAAAAAAUCGGAUGAAGAGAGUAGACGCAUGAGUCGACCUUCAAUUUUAAAUUCUUCAUUCAAUGCUCAUAGCGGUGGUUGCGCAACCAAACUACCCACCUUGCCUAUGCCGUGUUUCAACGGGGAACCUACCGAGUGGCCCCCGUUUUAUGAUUUAUUUCGUUCGUUAGUGCACGACAGUGAUGCCUUCACCAACACGGAGAAAUUCCGUUACUUACUAUUAACUUUAAAUAAUGAGCCAUAUAAUUUAAUAAAGUCACUACCGAUAACUGAGGACAAUUACUUUGUGGCUUUGAACAUUUUAAUUUCUCGGUAUGAUAAUAAACGGGUGAUCGCAGUGAAACAUAUCGACAAAAUACUCGAUAUCGAACCUUGUUCCGAAAGAAACAUUCUUACUUUGCGUAAUUUACUGAACGUAUAUCAAGAAAAUAUAAAAGCUUUGGAAGUUAUGCCAUUACCUACGAAACAAUGGAGUUUUUUAUUAUUGAACAUCCUACUGCGUAAAAUACCACCCUCAAUACGUAAGAGGUUCGAGUUAUCUCUUAUAAAACCAUGCGAUAUUCCAGACAUCGACACGUUAAUAAACUUUUUAGAACGUGAGUUAUCUGCAUGCCAAUUUUCAAACUCAAAUUCGGUUAGUUUAAAUACAAAUGAUAAAAUGGUCGCACAUGGGGGUAGUUCUCGAACAUUACCGCAAAAUGCAUCGCGUGUUGUUUCUAAGUCAAGCGAAGCCACCUUAGGUACGCGACGUUCAUUUGCCGCUAGCGUCAUUCAUGACGUUCCCUUAAGAAAUAAAAACACGAAGAACAAUAUAUGUUUAUGUUGUGAGGCUCAGCAUACGUUAAAUAAAUGCAGCAAAUUUCUAAAUUUAUCUCCGCGUGAUAGAUAUUCUUUCAUUCAAAAUAAAAACGUUUGUUUUAAUUGUUUAAAUGUCGGUCAUGAUGUGAAACAAUGCAAGUCCAAUUUUGUGUGUCGCUCGUGUCAAAAAAGACAUCACACUUUGCUUCAUUUUGAUUCUCAUCGUUUGUCGGUUACAGUAAAUAGUGGUAUGACAGAAAGUAGUUCUGCAUCUCUCUCGCGCAACGAUUCAUCUCAAUCUGACGUAGCCGCUCAACACGUCAUGACCGCGGUGAAUCACACACAGUCUACUGCAUCGUGUGUUCGGGAUACAGUUCUGUUAGCCACAGCGCUCAUCCAUGUAUGUGUGACUCCGCGUAUUAAACACAUCGUUCGAUGUAUUGUAGAUAGUGGUAGUCAGGCGACAUUUAUCACAGAGGCUUGCGCGCAGCGUUUAAAUUUGGCGCGUAAAUAUUCUAACGUUCCGGUGUUCGGUGUGGGUGAUAGUAAGCCUGUAUACCCGAAUGGCUUCGCAACGUUCUGCGUUACCCCUCGUAAUGGGGAUCAGCCUUCGAUCCCGGUUGAAGCAUUUAUUUUACCAAAGAUUGUUUUACAAAAUAUGCCAAGUGUUUCUUUACCUUUCACGGAAUGGCCUCAUAUACAGAAUAUUACAUUAGCUGAUCCCAACUUUCAUACUCCACAACCAGUGGAAAUGCUUUUAGGUGCGGACAUACUGUCCCAAAUAUUAUUAGGCAAUGUGAUUACGGGACCACCUGGUUCGCCGAUAGCUAUAAAUAGCAUCUUCGGUUAUCUAUUGUUAGGUAGUCUUUCUUUCAAUCACAAUUCUUCCCCUGUUACUACAGGAAUACAAGUUUAUCAUUCAAGUUUUAGCUCAUCCUACGAUGACAUAGAACUAACAAAAUUUUGGGAAUUGGAGUCGUUGCCUGAAAGGAAAGAGUUCACUCCAGAUGAAACUUUGUGUGAAUCGUUAUUUGUUAGCUCACAUACUCGUGACAAAAGCGGACGAUACAUAGUCCCCCUUCCGCUUAGACCGGAUUCCCCGACCUUAGGUGAAUCCCGGAGUAUAGCUUUAGCUAGAUUAAAUAAAUUAGAAUAUCGUUUAGAACGUAAUCAUUUGUUAAAAAUGGACUAUCACACGUGUUUAAAAGAAUACGAUGAUCUCGAGCACAUGGAGUUAGUUCACACUCCGUCCCUGGUCCCGGACAAUUCGUAUUACAUACCGCACCACUGCGUGGUCAAAGAAUCGAGUACUACUACGCGAACGCGCGUUGUUUUUGAUGCAGGUUGCAAAACUUCCAAUGGAAAGUCUUUGAAUGACAUCUUGUUAGUCGGUCCUAAAUUGCAUCAAGAUAUAGUCGAUGUUUUACUAAAAUUUAGAUUAAAUUCUAUUGCUUUCACGGCAGAUAUAAAACAAAUGUACCGAAACAUUUUAAUACGCGAGUCGGAUCGCGAUUUUCAACGAAUCUUAUGGCGGUCAUCAUUAAAUGAACCCGUACGCGACUAUCGACUCCGAACAGUUACUUUCGGCAUUAGUUCUUCACCAUAUUUAGCAUUACGCACGAUACGACAACUAGCUGUCGAUGAGCAGACGCGGUUCCCGUUAGCCUCCGAGGUCCUGAGGGACCAAGUGUUUGUUGAUGACGUAGUCACGGGAGAAAGUGACGAGUCACGUGCUUUAGUUUUACAACAACAAUUAAUUGGUAUUUGUCAAUCAGCGGGAUUCGAACUGCGAAAGUGGUGCAGCAACUCGCCCGCGAUACUCGCGGCAGUUCAGACGCCAAGUCUUCACGGUGAGCGGCAGGACAACAUAUCCUUCGCUUCCAUGGAAAAUGAUAUGCAAAUCAAAGUCCUCGGUCUGCAGUGGAACCCAAAGCUUGACGUCUUUUCAUUUUCUGUUCAAGUAGGAACCGAUAAAAUAACAAAACGUGCGAUUCUAUCUCAAAUAGCGAAAAUUUAUGAUCCCAUGGGUUGGCUCGCUCCUGUCACUUUAUAUGCCAAACAUUUAAUACAAUUAUUAUGGUUAUCAAAAGUUGGCUGGGACGACCCACUGCCCGUGAAUAUAGCAAACGCGUGGUCGACCUUUAUCAAUGAGUUGCCACUCUUAUCGCAAUUAGAAAUUCCACGUUAUGUUUUGCCAAAUACAUAUGCUGUCCAAAUUCAUGGGUUUUCGGACGCAUCCGAGAAAGCAUAUGCUGCUAGCAUUUACCUACGUCUUACGGACUUACAACAUAAUGUUAGAUGCUUUCUUUUAAUUGCAAAAACUCGCGUGGCGCCUAUCAAACCGGUUUUGACGAUACCACGCUUAGAGUUAUGUGCGGCGGUAUUAUUGUCUCAGCUGUGUGAGAGGGUGCUAUGUAUUUAUAAAGAUCGUGUGAACUGCGAAGAUAUAUACGCAUGGUCAGAUUCUUCUAUUGUGUUAGCGUGGCUUCGAUCACCACCUCAUGAAUGGAAAACUUUCGUGUCUAAUCGAACGAGCGAGAUACUCUCACGACUUCCUGCAAGGUGCUGGCGUCACGUUCCAUCUGAGGAUAACCCAGCAGAUGCUCCAUCUCGUGGGAUGCUUCCUGAAACAUUUCUAAAUAAUGAAAUGUGGUUUAAUGGCCCGCCGUGGCUUGCCCGAGAGCCGUCUUACUGGCCCACGAACAAAAACAUUCCUAAUACUACGGAGGAAAGACGUAAUUUAACAGUAAUGCUGAAUUCAGUAAUAACACAACCGGAGGACGUGGAAUACAUAUCACGCUUUUCCACGUUAGGUAAACUUGUUAGAAUUACAGCUCGAAUAUUUCGUUUUUACAAUAAUUGUAAGCGAAGAAAAAAAUCCUAUCCUGAUUUUAUUACGGUGUCCGAGUAUGAGUUUUCUUUAAUGAAAUUAAUUCACAGAGUUCAAUUAUUUUGUUUUUAUGAGGACAUAAAAAAUAUUUCACAGGGAAAAUAUCCUUCAAAUAAACUCAGACGUUUAAAUCCCUUUCUUGACAAAGACAAUAAUUUACGAGUAGGAGGACGACUUCACAAGUCAAUUUUGAAUUUUGAUUCUAAGUACCAGUUGAUUCUACCUAAAAAACAUCAUUUAACUUUUUUAAUAAUCGAUAACGCUCAUAUCACAAAUUUGCAUGCCGGAUCUCAAUCUGUUCAACACAUUUUAUUUCAAAGAUUCUGGAUCUUAUCCAGUCGUGAUAUUAUUCGUAUGCGUAUUCAUAGUUGUGUUCGUUGUUUUCGAGCACGUCCUGCUCCGUUACAGCCAGCCAUGGCUCCGCUACCCGCCUCAAGAGUGCGUCCCGAACGUCCAUUCUUAAAGACUGCAGUUGAUUUCGCUGGACCGUUUUACGUUCGUGCAAACAAAGUUCGAAACGCGAAGGUAAUCAAAUGUUAUGUUGCUGUUUUCGUUUGUAUGUCGGUUAAGGCGGUGCAUCUCGAGUUGGUUUCGGAAUUAUCUACUGACGCGUUUUUGGCGACUCUAAGACGAUUUAUAUCACGUAGAGGUAUGAGUACCGAUAUUUAUUCCGAUUGCGGGAGAAACUUUGUUGGCUGUAAUAACUACCUACAAGAGUUAUAUAAAUUUUUACGUGAUAAUAAUGUACAAUCGACGUUAAACAGUAAAACUUUAGAACAAGGUAUAACUUGGCAUUUUCAGCCACCUUACGCUUCUCAUUUCGGCGGCUUAUUCGAAGCUGGUGUAAAAAGUUUUAAGCAUCACUUUUACCGUGUGUUAGGCACACAAACACAGACGUAUGAUGAGAUGCAUACACUUCUUUGUCAAAUUGAGGCCGUACUCAAUUCACGACCACUCUGUGUGUUAAGUAGCGAUCCUACGGACCCUUUACCCUUAACACCUUCUCAUUUUUUAAUUGGAGGUCCUUUAACGGCUCUGCCAGAUGUCUCAUUGACGGAGUCUACUUCAAAUAAACUGACCAGAUGGCGUUGGGUACAACAGUGUCUUCAACACUUUUGGAAACGUUGGAGUCGCGAGUAUUUACAUGAAAUCCAACAACGCAAUAAAUGGUUUCACAAUCGCGGACCACUCAUACGUGAAGGCACCAUUGUCGUGGUACGCGACGAUAAUCUUCCUCCAUUACACUGGAGACUGGCUCGCGUACACGCUCUUCAUCCCGGGUCCGACAAUGUUACUCGCGUAGUAACUGUUCAAAUCGGUAAUACCUUCGUUAAACGUGCAGUAGUCAAACUUUGUCCACUUCCAAUAAAUUAACUUUUUUUUUAUUAUUAUGUCACUCAUUGUUUUUUUCUUUUAUUUUUAUUAGUACUUUUAAUUUUCACACAUACGUGGUUGAGUUACUGAGUUUUUAAAUUCCUUCAUAAGUAGUGUUAAAACAAUUGCAUUAUUUUAAGGUGAGCGGCAUGUUUCGUACUGAAACAGAUUUUUCGUGUUUCUAUAUUUUUAUUAAUAUCGAGUAUUAGGCAAUACUACUUCAAGACAACACAAGUCUUAACCUAGGUGCAGUAAGGUUCGAUCUCGCCUGUAGACGGCCGACUAGCCAACCAGAAGCUUGCUGAGCAACCCCUCCAAGCCUACGGGCAGAGAUCGCCGUCGUAUAGUAACAAAAACACACGCGUUCCGCGGCAGACAUUCUUUAUUACAAACAACAAAAAUUACCCAACGCAAGUCACGCGUAACCAUUAGAACCAGCGACAAUUGUUCAUCGUGUACCAGUCAAGGGACAGACGGUCCCACCUCCGGAAACGACGCUGAGCCCAAGGAGCGCGAGGCAGUGGAAGGAAGGUGAACCGGUAAGUCUUCAGACUUAUUUCGUUCCUUACUGUACACUUUGAUAAACGCAAAAGUUAAACUGUAAAAUUAUCAUAUUGCAACUUUUAUAGCUAAAUAAACAGCCUGAGCUCUAAUUGCAAAUUGUUUUUAGCGAUUUGCCAAAAAAGUGAUUUUUUGAAUUCAGUCACUUUAAUACUAAGCGUGCGAUAUCUCAGUUAUUGGAAGCAAUUUUAAAAGAAGGCUUCAAAUUAAAAUUCACGAAAUGUAGCUUUGCACAGGACUCUGUAAAAUAUCUAGGGCACAUAAUAAAAAACAAUACUGUCACUCCAUUAAAAGAUAAUUUGAUUGCCAUAAAAGAAUUUCCAAUCCCAAAAACACAAAAAAACGUCCGACAAUUUUUAGGAAAAAUUAAUUUCUAUGGAAAAUAUGUGGCAAACAUUUCUAUUAUACUGGAUCCUUUACAUAAUUUAUUAAGAAAAGGCGAGAAAUUCGUUUGGUCCGAUAAAUGUCAAGAAUCCUUUGACACUAUAAAGAAACUACUUUGCUCUAAACCCAUUCUAGCCAUUUUUGAUCCAGACUUGCCAAUACAUAUUUAUACGGACGCUAGCAUACAAGGUAUUGGUGCGAUUUUAAAACAAAUUCAACCCAACGGUGAUGAAAAACCUUGUGCAUAUUUUUCAAAAAAAUUAAAUGACUCGCAAAAAAAGAAAAAAGCCAUUUAUCUUGAGUGUUUGGCAAUAAAAGAGGCGGUAAAAUACUGGCAACAUUGGCUUAUAGGAAAAACAUUCACAGUUUUUUCAGAUCACAAACCUUUAGAAAAAAUGAAUAUUAAAGCCAGAACGGACGAAGAACUGGGAGAUUUAACGUAUUAUUUGUCGCAAUUCAAUUUUAAAAUAAUAUAUUCUCCGGGCAGAUAUAAUAUAGAGGCAGAUACUUUAAGCAGAAACCCUGUGUUAGAAUCGUAUGAAAAUCAAGAUAGUAGUUUAAAAGUAGUGAAUUUUGUUAAAUUAGAAGACAUACGAAAUGAUCAAGAUAAAAAUGAAGAUAUAAAACAAAAUAUAAAUAAACAUAUUUUCAAACAUAAUAUCUAUUAUAGAAAGAUAGGAAAAAACGAAAAGAUUGUACUAACUGAGGAGUUUAGUAAAAAAAUUAUAAAACAUGUACAUCACUACUAUUGUCACAUAGGAAGACGACAAAUGGAAAAUAAGAUUAAACCCUUUUAUCAAGCAAAAAAUUUAUCGGAUAAUAUUAAAAAAGCUUGCGAAAAUUGUGCUGUCUGUAUAAAAAAUAAAUCUAGAGGACAACACAAAUUUGGACUAAUGUCUCACUUAGGUCCGGCUACAUAUCCAUUCGAAAUAGUGUCUAUAGACACUAUAGGGGGAUUUGGGGGUUCUCGUUCAACCAAAAAAUAUUUACAUCUGCUUGUAGACCAUUUUACUCGUUACGCCUAUAUUCUAACAUCCAAAACACAGAGUGCGCAUGAUUUUAUAAAACUUGUCCAAAAAGUAACACCUGAUUAUAAAAUUGACUUGAUUCUAUCAGAUCAAUAUCCAGGCAUUAACUCCAAAGACUUCAAAAUUUUUUUAGAAAAGGAGGGUAUACCUAUAGUUUUCACUGCAGUAAAUGCGCCAUUUUCAAAUGGAUUAAACGAAAGGUUAAACCAAACGUUAGUUAACAAGAUUCGUUGCAAAGUUAAUGAAAGAAGGGACAAAAUUGCUUGGACAACUAUUGCUCACGAAUGCACGGAAAGAUAUAACGAAACUGAACAUAGUGUAACAGGGUUCUCUCCAAAAUAUUUACUGCAGGGAAAAAACGUUGAUAUUCUACCAGAUGAACUGAAACAGAAUAUAACAGAUAGUUAUAUAUUGCGAGACAGAAAAAUUGCUUUAGAAAAUAGUAUAAAAUCUCAUAAUUAUAAUAAACAAAGGUUUGAUAAAAAUAGAAAACAUUGUGAACUAAAAGUUGGUGAUUUGGUAUUUGUUGAAAACGGAAACCGAUUAAACCGAAAAAAACUAGAUGAAUUGAAAAUAGGACCUUAUCAAAUUGUAGACAAAAUAUCCAACACAAUUUAUAAAGUAAACACAGGUCAUAGAAAGUCUGAGUCAAAUCUCUUUCAUAUUACCAAACUUAUUCCAGUAAUGGAGUAGUAUAUUAAAUAAGACUUUACAAUUUUAAGGGGGGGAGAUGUAACCUCUAUACGAUUAAUCCUUAAAGAGGUUAAUAUGUUAUUUAUAUCAUUCUUCUAUAGAUGACAUAAAAUAGAAUUUCGAUUAUUGAAACAUUAGAACAUUAGACAUUUAAAGAGCAUUUUUGCAAUAUUAAAAUAUAAAAAGAUAUAAAAAUAAUGGUGAAGCAAUAGCUUUAAAUGUUGUUUCUCUUCAUAAGAGCAACUCAAUUGCUAUAGUUUUACAAAGCUAAACUGUAUUUUGAUACAAAUAAAAUAAUACAUUAUAUAUAUAUAUAUAUA